AUGUUUUCUUUGGCAAUAUUUGCAUUGGUUGGAACCUGUUUUGCCGAACAGGAGUCCAAGAGUUUUUCUGAAUAUAGCUGGCCUGAAUUGGCUGAAAUGAGUUUACUUGAGAGGCUCAAGCUUUAUCCUUGGAAAUUGGAGAUGAUUUCCGUCGGCUUCAUUGCAGCUUAUGUGUUGACCUUCUUCAUCGGCUCGAAGUACAACGAUAAGCUGGUGAACAACUUCCUGAAAGGAAAUCUGGAUCUCCUGAAAGAACAAUUCUCCCAAGUUGGUGUUACAAGAUCAAAAUUGUUGGCCAAAGAUGAUUCUGAACAUUAUGCAUUCUAUGCCACUGGAAGACUCAACAUCGAGUCAUUGACUGCUAAGUUCAAGCUUCAACCAAGACAAAAUGUUUUUGUGUGGUUUUUGGAGCUAGUGUUUGACUUUUUCACUGGAACUGUGGCUCCUCCUCAAGAUGUUGUCGACCUGACUUUUCAAAUUGAUAGUCAAGCAAGCUCUAAUUAUGAUGACUUUAUCUGGGCCAUUGUCUCAAAGGAUAACAUGAACCAGCUUAGAAAGGAUAACUAUUUCCUUUCUUUGACCAAGACCUCUGAAUCUAACAAACUCCCUGUCGAGUUUGUUUUUAUGAAUGAAGUGCCAGAAAUGAAUGAAAUCUUGCACCACAAGAAGUUUAAUGCUGUGCUGGAGAAGUGUAAAGCAAUUUUGAAGUUCGUUGCUGUGACUGACCAGAGCAGCGAAAAGCCCGAAACUGUGAGCGAUACCACUCCAAGCAAGAAAAUAGUGGUUCAGCUUAGAAUUCCUAAAUCAUCUACAGAAUUGGAAGCUGCUCACGAGCUUCUGAAAUUUUUGUUGAAUGACUACAUUGACUACGUUGUAAGCAAAGCCUCGUUUAGAGCUGAGCUUACGCGUAGAUGCAAGAAGACCAGGGAGGCGGAAGUUUCUAAGUUGAAGAGAUUAGAGGAAGAUUUGAAGAAGGAGCAAUUGGCAGCAAAAAAGCUUGAGGACCAAAAGAAACAAAAGGCUGGUUUGAAUGCAGAUGAACAACGUAAGCUUGAAAAGAAGCAAUUGGAAAGAAAACAAAGAAGACAGAUGGGCAAACAAAAGAUAAGACAGUGA